CCUCCCGUCUCCCCCUUCCUCCUCUCCACCCCUCUUCGAUCGGACCAAGCCUGCGACGACGUCAGCAACCCCGCCGACUACCUCGGCCUCCUCCCCCUCCCCUUCCCCCUCCUCCCGCCGCCGCCCCCUCUCGCCGCCGAGCAAUUCCGCCCCCCAAUCGCCCGCGCCGCAGCAUUCGAUGCGCCGCGCCGCGCGCAAUUAGCCUACGAGGAGGAGCCCAGCUAGCCCUAAUCCUCCUCCCCCUCCCCAUGGCGGGGAGCUUCCGCGAGGGCGCGGGGCCGGGGGACGCGCACGCCCCCCCGCCCACGCCCACCCCGCCGCUCUCUCAGUACAUCUCCCUCGACUCGCCCGCCUGGGGGCCCGACCCCAAGCAGCAGCAGCAGCAGCACUGGCGCCACCCCGAGCUCAGGCGGGCGCUCGCCGCCGACGACCAGGCAGACGAGCUCAGGCGGAUCCGCGCCAGCGUCCAGGACUCCACGGGCAAGGCCAAGGAGAAGGUCAGGUCGCUGCACGAUGCCAUCCAGAAGCUCGACAAGUACAAGAACAUUGUCACCCGCAAGCGCCAGAGGACCGCCGACGCGGGCCCCGACAAGCUCGGCUCCUCAUCCGGUGCGCUCAGGAUGGGGGCGCAGAACAGCUCUGCCGUCAUGAGCAAGCGCGUGCGCUCCUCCCUCGCCGAUGGCCGGGUGGAAGGACGUACUAGUGUUCCUACAAGGCAAGGCCCUUUGGUUAGUAAUGAGAAAAAUUCACCUGUGGAGAAGGAAAAGAGCUGUACAAGAAUGUCUGCUACAGUCUCAGUGCUUUCUGAAGACAAAUUGCGAGGUUUAUCUACUGGUGGUGAAGGAUGGGAAAAAAAGAUGAAGCGCAAGCGCUCUGUUGGAACGAUGCUCGGCAGAGGCAGUGAUGCUGAUCGAGAUGUCAAAUCUGUUGGUCAACAUAGACCAGCCAACGAAGUACGUCCACGAUCCAGUGAUGGCCUUGCAUACAGACAUGGAGCUUCCGCUGGAGCAUUAGCAGGUAACAAGUUGGAUGGCACUUCUCAGCAGAACAAUAUUGUAUCCCGUAUUCAAUCCAAGACAGAUGUGGAUUAUGCCACUCAGCCAAAUGAAAGAAGAGAACGUCAUACUGGAGUCGAUAAAGAAAGGACUACGGUAAAAGGAAACAAGUCAAAUACUUCUGAGGAUAUGCAGAAUGGAAGCUUAAGCCCCUUGCCCAAGGCUAAAGCAUGCAGGGCACCAAGAACCAGUUCGCUUGUUAUGAAUUCGUCUUCUAAUUUCCAACGUUCAACUGGAGGAAAUGAUGAAUGGGAAGAAGCAGCCCCUUACACAAAUAAAGCCUCACCUUUGGGAGGCAUGACAAAUCGCAAACGUUCCACACAUUCGAAUGCUUCUUCACCUCCUAUUGCUUGGGUUGGGCAACGUCCACAGAAAAUGUCACGGACAAGAAGAGCAAAUGUUGUUUCUCCAGUAUCAAAUUUUGAUGAAGUGUUAUCUGAAGGAUCACCACUUGAUACUGCUGCUAGAUCAACACCUAUAGAGUCUGGCAGUGUACUGACAAAGAACACACCAACAACCAAAAUGGAUAGCAUCUCAUCUCCUGCUGGGUUGUCAGAAAGUGAGGGAUCGGUUGCAACCGAAAGCAAGUCCAAGGAGAAAGCUAUGCAUAGUGGUGAAGUGGGGAAUGAGGGUGCAAAUGCAGCCCAUAACGCAAUGGGACUGAUAUUUUCAUCAAAUAAAAAUAGGAUUCCUUUGAAAGAAGAGCUUGAGGAUGGUGGUGUUCGCCGUCAAGGGAGGAGUGGAAGAGGUACUAUGCAUGUUAAGGGGUGCUCUUCCAUACCAAAAGAAAAACUGGACACUGCAGAAACAAGAAAACCAAUAAAAGGUGGAAGGCCUGGAUCUGAAAAGAACGAGAGUAAGUUGGGGCGGCCCCCAAUGAAGAAAGGCUCUGACCGCAAAGCUUCAUCUUGGCAUUCACAGGCUCUAAAUUGUGAACCUACAGAUAUAACAGGUGAACCAGAAGAUGACCAAGAGGAACUUUUAGCUGCUGUUAAUGCUGCUCGCAGCGCUAUUGUUGGUGCAUAUUCUGGCCCUUUUUGGAAGAAAAUGGAACCCAUGCUAACUUUCAUAAGCUCUGAAAAUUUAUCUUUCUUGAAAAACCAGAUCAACCUUGUUGAAGAGCUUGAGAUGAGCAUGUCAUGCAUGUCUGAUGGUGAACAUGAUAUAAUAGCAUUAAGUGAUUACAGAAGAAUGCAAAAGAUGGAGGAGCAUUCAUCUCAGGUGCUGGCUCCAUCCAAUUUUUCUCCCCCAUCCCAGCAAAGCAAAACCAAUGGAGUUGGAGCGAAAGGAUCUAUCGGCUGUUUUUCUCCUGGUGAUGAAAACCACACUGUACCACAAAAGCUGGAGGCUGACAAAUGGUUUAAUGAAAUGGCUCCAAUGGCACACAGACUCCUUUCAGCUUUAAUUAUAGAAGAUGACUUACCUGAUUCCAAUGGUGUGCAAAGAGAUAUACUUGUUGAGUUUCCAAAUAGCCACAAUCCUUACACUAUUAACAGAUACUUAGAAAAUGAACUUCAAGCUAGUGCCAUAACAUCUAAUUUCGGGUUGAGUGUGGAUUUCACGCACUCAAACAGUACUUCCAUGGUACACCAGAGCAUGUGCAAUGGUUUUACAGCUUCAAGCAACUUCAUCAAUUCAAAUAGUGAAAGUUCAGUUCAUAGUGAGCAUUUAUCAGAUGGAGUCAAUUUUACUGUAUACCCAGAAAGUGGCUCUUUGCAUGACUUGAUGCCACAGAUUUCAAGGCAAUGUCAAAAUCCAGUGAAAGAUUUCCCUUGUUCUCCAUAUGAGUAUCAAUAUGGGCAGAUGUCAGUGGAAGAUAAGAUUUUGAUUGAGCUGCAAAGUAUUGGCAUUUGUCCAGAGACAGUGCCAAAGCUGGAAGAUGGAGAAGACGAGGACAUUAAUAAAAUGAUUUCAGAGUUGAGGAAAAGGCUGCAUGAUCAGGUGAAUCAAAAGAAAUGCAGAUUACAUAAGCUAGAUAAAUCAAUUCAAGAUACAAAGGAUCUUGAGGAGAGGAGCUUGGAGCGACAUGCCAUGAACAAACUAGUUGAAAGAGCAUACAGAAAACUCAAGGGUGGGCGAGUUGGCUCUAGCCACAAGGCUGGUGUCAGUAAGUCUGCCAAUAAGGCUGCAAAACAGCUUGCAUUGGCUUUUGCCAAGCGUACACUUGCUCGGUGCCAGAAAUUUGAUGAAACAGGAAAGAGCUGCUUCAGUGAGCCAUCUCUUUGGAGUGUGCUAUCUGCGCCCUUGCCUAGCAGUGAUGCAAAAUCCACAGAAGGUGUAGAGAGACUGAAGCAUCAAAAGCUUGACAGAACUCCAUUUGAUCAAGCAGGUGGCACAAAAUGGAAAAAGGGCGAGAGGGAAAGGGAUCACAACAGGGAUGCAUCUGCAAAGGGCUCUGGUUUGAAGUCAGGGCGCCACUCAUCAGGCGGCAGCGGGAGGAGCGGCGAGCGCAAAAAUAAGACAAAGCCAAAGCAAAAGCUGGCGCAGCUAUCAACUUCUGGAAACGUGCUGGGUAGAGUGGUGGAGCCAUUGUCAUCGCCGGCAGUGCAAGAGCCCCCACCCGAGCCACCAAGUGAGAGAAAGACUCAGCAUCCAACAAGGAAUACUUCCAGCAACGCUGCCCAGCGCGGUACCACGGAUGCUGCCCUGCCAGUCUUGCCUGGACUAGACGACAUAUUGGAUGUUCCAGGAGGGCUUGAUGGGCAGGGCAACGAUAUUAGCUCAUGGUUUACGGAUGGGCUUGAUGACUCGUUGCAAGAUAUUGAUCUUUCAGGCGCCCUGGAAAUCCCAGAUGAUGACCUCACCCAGCUGGGAUUUAUAUAAAUGAGACGAGACGAAACGAAGCGAUUGUUGUUUAUCCUGUGCAUAUGUUUGGGAGUAGUGUGGAUGUCAUGUUUUCCCCCUUCCUUACCUGAUGAUGUAUGUUAGAGCUAAUCCAUUAAUCUCCCUGCCACAACCUGGUGGGGCAGAGGUUGUAAUUUGUAAUUAGGCCGGUGGAUUCGUGUCCAUGUCCUGAAUCUGCUGGCAUGGAGUUGAACUAUUGCAGAUGAGAUACUCGAUUCUUGUAGCAGCAAAGAACAUGGUGAAAGUGCUAAUGGUAUUAUGUUGGUAGCUUG